AUGAAGGUUCCGAUGGGCAUCCGGAGGUUGAGGUGGAAGCUCUGCAGGCGCUGCACCCUCCUUUUCGUUCUCUUCUGGACCGUUUGCUGGGUGCUAGUGGCCACACUUUUUCUCCAAGUCCACAGGAGCGUCUUUUCUGAGCGCUGCACAGACGAAAAGAGCCGGAGGAUCCUGGCUGGGCUGUGUCAUGACUACCAAGGAGGCACGCUGAUGGGAGACCUUUGUGAAGACCUGUGUGUGGCUGGCAAGCUGGUGUAUCAGCGUUGCCUCUACUAUGAGAGGGGCAAAAAGGUUCUUCAGGCCACUUGGCAUGGGCAGCCUGUUGUCCUAAAAUCCAAGAAAGAGGCCUUCUCCAGCUUCCAACCCCUUGACUUGUUGGAUGAGGAGAUGGAGGGUAGCAAGGACUUCCCUGAGGAAGAGCUCCUCCUAAUGGUAGCCAUAGAAGUCAAGAAUGCCCUGGGUCUGGAGAUCUCCAACAGCACCAUGGGGCCCCUGUGGUCAGGGAGAAGGGGGCCUCGCUGGAAGGUCCAGGUGGCCAGCAUGUGGUCCCUGCUUCAGCAGGAGGAGUAUAUAUACUUCAGCCUUCUACAAGACUUCAGCCGCCAUGUUCUGCAGGUGCUGGGCUCCUGUGGCCACUUCUAUGCAGUAGAAUACCUUGCUGCUGGACAUCCCCGACACAGAACACUUUUUCCCCUGGAGGAGGCUGCUGGCAUCCCCCUUGUGAGUGACCAGGGCCAGGCAAAGGCCAUUAACAACAUCGCCCUCAGCUUCCUGGACAUGGUAAACCAUUUUGAUAAUGACUUCUCCCAUCGCCUUCACCUCUGUGAUAUCAAGCCAGAAAACUUUGCCAUAAGGAGUGACUUCACAGUGGUGGCUAUUGAUGUGGACAUGGCCUUUUUUGAACCUAAAAUGAGGGAUAUCCUUGAACAAAACUGCACAGGAGAUGCAGACUGCAACUUCUUUGACUGUUUUUCAAAGUGUGAUCUCAGAAUCAACAAAUGUGGGGCCCAGCGAGUCAAUAACAACCUUCAGGUGAUCUGUGACAAAAUAUUCCGACACUGGUUUCCUUCCAAUUUCAGAGGCUCUGCCAUCACUUUACAGCUCCAGGAGCAGUUACAGAAGGCUGUGCAUGAAUGUGCAGAUCCUGGAAUCCCAGAAACACCCCAUCACCAGAGAGUGUCUCCCAACUCUUUCUCCGAACUAUACCGAUUGCUUCAAGCUACUCAAAGAGAACUUCAGAAAUCGGAGGAUUAG